AUGCCUUGGGACACCAUCAAGCUGAACGAUGGACAUGCCAUUCCAAGCAUAGCGUUCGGGACCUGGACGCUUGGGAAUGGGCAGGGACCCAUUGACCAGGUCGAUCAAGCGCUUAGCAUUGGUUUCAACCACAUAGAUACUGCGCAAAGCUACAGGAACGAGCAGGAAGCUGGCCAGGCUUUUCGUGAAAGCGGCCUCUCACGCUCCGAUGUAUUCAUAACGACGAAAUAUUCUGGGUUGAACGGUUUGGACAUCGAGACAUCUAUACAGAACAGCCUGAAGAACCUAGGCGUGUCAUAUGUCGACCUAUACCUGAUUCACCAUCCCCGCCUCGCCACUCCUGAUAUCCCCACCGCCUGGGCGAAGAUGGAAAAAAUUAAAAAUGACGGCUUGGCGAAGAGUAUUGGUGUCAGUAACUUUGGAGUGACAGAACUACAAAUCCUCAUCGCGUCCGCGAAGAUCAAGCCAGCUGCUGACCAGAUUCUUCUUCAUCCUUACGUUUACGCCAAACAAGCUCCCAUUUUGUCAUACGCAGCUCAGCAUGGCAUCGUCAUUGAGGCUUACAGCGCUUUGAUUCCCAUCACACACCAGCCUGGUGGACCAGUUGAUAAGCCUGUGAACGCCAUCGCGUCUCGUCUCAAUGCGACAGCGGACCAGGUACUCCUUGCCUGGGUAAAAGCUAAGGGUGCUGUUGUUGUCACGACAAGCUCAAAAAAGGCUCGCCUGGAGGGCUAUCUCUCCGCGGCUAACCUUGCGUUGACCGAGGAUGACGUUGCUGCUAUCGACGCGGCGGGGGUGAGGGGCACUCGUCGGCAGACUGCGCGCACGGUACUGCGCCGUGCCGCAGUUGUCAUGCUUGUCGGCGCAGCCGCACUCAGGAUGUGUGGAAUGAUACGGUUUGGGUUGUAGGUGUCUCUUCUGAUUGUGUGUGUGUGUAUUUUGGCAGAACUGGACUGAGCAUGUACUUGUAUUUUGGCCCCUGCUGGUGGUCUUGCGUUCUGUUUCUUGGAUGCUACUGAUAGUGUUCGUGAUGGAGAAUCAAGUGCAACUUGCGUGAGUCUCC